AAGCCACUCCAGUGUAUUCGCUACUUAAUGAACUUUUGGCUCUGACUCUUAGUGAAGAUAUUUGUUUAAAGCCCUCAGGAUUUAAAGUCUUAACAAUGGACAAAGAACCAGAUGUCUUCAGAAGGGAAUUAGUUGAUGUUCAAGGCAUUCCUGUCUUCUGGAGUAUGGCUGAAGAGUGGUCCCAGGUGGAGUCAUUUGAGGCCAGACCAGAUGACCUUCUGAUAGCCACCUAUCCAAAGUCUGGAACAACCUGGGUCAGUGAAAUACUAGAUUUAAUCUACAACAGUGGGGAUGCAGAGAAAUGUAAAAGAGAUGCGAUAUACAACAGAGUACCAUUUAUGGAAUUAAUAGUUCCAGGAAUCUCAAAUGGUGUUGAAGAAUUGAAAGUCAUGCCAUCUCCUAGAUUAGUGAAAACACACCUACCUGUUCAACUUCUUCCUGCUUCAUUUUGGAAGAAUAAUUGCAAGAUGGUCUAUGUAGCAAGGAAUGCCAAAGAUGUGGCUGUGUCUUACUUUUACUUUUACCAGAUGGCAAAAUUGCACCCAGAGCCUGGAACUUGGGAGGAGUUUCUGGAUAAAUUCAUGACUGGAAGGGUUGCUUUUGGUUCUUGGUAUGACCAUGUGAAGGACUGGUGGGAGAAGAGGAAAGAUUAUCGUAUUCUCUACCUAUUCUAUGAAGACAUGAAAGAGGAUCCAAAGCGUGAAAUUCUGAAGUUAUUAAAGUUUCUGGAGAAAGAUCUGCCAGAAGAAGUUGUGAAUAAAAUUCUCUAUCAUAGUUCUUUUGAUGUGAUGAAGAAGAAUCCUAGUGCAAAUUACACCACUGCACCAAAGUGUGAUAUGGAUCAUUCAGUGUCUCCCUUCAUGAGAAAAGGUAUUUCAGGAGACUGGAAGAAUCAGUUCACAGUAGCCCAGUAUGAGAGAUUUGAAGAAGAUUAUGAAAAGAAAAUGAAAAUUUCUAGUGUGCAGUUUCGUUCAGAGAUAUGAACUCUUUGCUAUUUUUCCAAAUUAUUUACUGGAAGUUAUAGCAAAAUAAAUUAAACAAACAUUUAGUGAAAGUGAAUUAUAUAGAUGAUAUUUCCAUGUAACUAACAAUAGUGUUCUGUAAUAAGAUGUUCCAUAGAUUCCAAAAUCUGUACAUGAAGAAUCAAUACCAUGAACUUAAUUUGU